GAGUGCAUUGCCGAAACUCAAGACUGGAGAAAAUGUCAGAACGUCGUGAAAGAAUUUCGACACUGUAUGGAAGACUAUAGAAAGAGAACAAGUGUUUGAAGUGUAAACUGCAUUUUUGUCCACAAUGGAAACAAGUUACCCCGAAGUGUCGUGGAUGUUUGCUGGAUUUUCACUUGGUGUAGUUUCUACAGUGGGUGUUUGGAAAAUGCCUGUUGUGUUACGUUACUUAACACUUUCUUCAAAAUUGAUUUUACAGAAGAAUGCUCCAAAGUUAGUCAUUGUAGCACGGAGUAAUUUUGCCAUGGGGAAAGGCAAAAUUGCGUCACAAUGUGCUCAUGCUGCUGUAUGUUGCUACAAAAAAGCAUCUGUGAAGAAUCCAGAAAUAGUUCACUUGUGGGAACUUCUUGGCCAGCCAAAAAUAGUGUUACGAAUAGAUGAUGUAGACAACAAGGUCUUACAAUUGGUAGAAAAAGCCAAAAAUUUAGGAAUAGUAACUAGUGUUAUAAGGGAUGCUGGAAAAACUCAAGUGGCACCAGGGAGCAUUACAGUAAUUGGAAUAGGUCCAGGUGAUUCUAAUGUUAUCGAUAGAAUAACAGGACAUUUGAAAUUAUUGUAGUAAGUUUAUUUGUAUAUAUUGUAAAAUCUAACUAUAUGUAGUAUCUUAACUUACCAAUGUACUGUGAUUAUAAUAGUAUGACUUUUAAAUUUGUGAGUCAGGUAAUCGAAAUAUUAUUUUGAUUAUAGUUUGCAUAGCAAAACUUUAACUAAUAAAUGAGAUGAACAGAAUUUGUCUGUGCAUUCUUUUUGGUUUUUCUUUGUUGUGUACCAGUAAACUUACAUAAACAAACAAAACAUUUAUUUUAUUUUCCUAAAAAUAAUCUGUUAACAGAGACCACACUUCAUACUUAUUGUAAUAGUAAUGUUUUAAAAAUAAGAUUUCAGAAAUGUUUAUUGAUUUCUUUCAAAGAAUAUAACAACCCUCUCUCUCAAAAAUAUGAAAAAUUUGCUUCAAAACAAAUUCAAAUUUUGUUUCGGUAAUUGAAUCAUUAUUUAAUUGGCUGGAAAAUCUUAGACAUCAUGUAAAUUCCAAUGAAAAGUUAACUGAAUUGAAAUUUUAUCUGCUAAAAGAAAUUGAUUUGAGUAAAUUGAGCAAAAACAACAAUCUUUCACUUAAGGUUUUCUUGCAUUCAGCCUCUCAUUUAUGAACUAUUCUCAUACAAUUCAAGAAAAUGCACCAUUGAAAAUCAUUGCCAAUAAAUCUGUUCAUCCAUACCUUGGCUAUUAUAUCAAAAUUGUACUUGCAUGAAUGAAGCCUUUUCUAUAACAUGAAAUAAAUAUAUAUGUGUAUUCAUAUAUGAAACAAAG